AUCAUCGUUCGAUUGAUGGAUGGAACGGCUAAAAAUUUGGUUUAGAAUCAACCAAAUUGGAGAUGGCGAUAAAAAGGACUACCUUCUACAUUACAUGGGCGGCCCUACGUACGACGUAUUAUGCAACAAGCUGCAAAACGCCGAUCCCUACACGAAGUCAUUCGACGAAAUCGUUGCACUCCUGAGAAAUCACUUCAACCCUGCACCGCUAGAAAUCCUAGAAAACUUCAAGUUUACUAGCCGUAAGCAAUUGGAGAACGAAUCAUUGAGCGAUUACUUAAUGGAGUUAGAGAAGCUGGCUAAAAGCUGCAAUUUUGAUUCGUACUUAGACAAAGCGCUGAGAAAUCAAUUUGUCUUUGGCAUUCGGAAUCGUGGAAUACAGUCACGAUUGCUGGAAGUACGCGAUCUUACACUAUCCAAAGCCAAGGACAUUGCGUUUGGAAUGGAAAUGUCAUUGCGUGGGACCGAGGAAAUGCAUGGAACCAGCCCGAGAUGUGAAGUGCAACAAGUUACGGCCAAUACAAAGAAAAUAUCAUCGACAAACAACGGUCAACAGCGAAAGUGCUACAGAUGCGGCGAUACAAAUCACAUGGCUAAUAGAUGCCAGCACAAGCAAACGGUUUGCAGCGCUUGUGGGAAAAGAGGACAUCUACAAAAAGUGUGUUUGUCUCGCCACAACAACAGGCGUCAGGAGAACACACAUUAUUUGGAGGAAAACGACCCAAAGGAUGUUCUUCAUGUGAGCACGGUCCAGAAUCAUGCUGGUGAUCCAGUCGUCGACAUCUACUGAGUGUGCCACCUUUGAGGGGACUUCCGGUUCGUCAGGCUUGACAGCGGAUUCUGGACUUCGUCGAUCAACAAGAACCAUCAAACCUCCUCAACGAUUGGAUCUGUAGCAGAGCGGAAGUAGGUGCUUUAUUUCCGGGGGAAGAGCUGUUAUAUACAACAUUGACAGCUAUGGCAUGUUGGCAGCUCUGCGACUGCUCGAACGAGCAGCACUGCUCGAAACAGGAAGGGAGCGAAUGAAAUGUCAUGCAUACAAGGAACUGAAUAAAGAAAACG